AGUGGUGCCACUUUAAUCGAACGACUUUGGCCACACUGACACACAGCUGAAGAAGAAGAAGCAGCACGUGCACGCUGUUGAUUCAAAAUUGAUUGUUUUCUUAAGUAAAUUCUUUAAAUAAUAGUACUGAGGAUGACAAAACCGACGCCGAAAGCGCGUCCCAAGCAAAAGACCCCACACAAACGCUACUUCGACACAGAGAAGGCCACCGACAAUGACGACGGCGGCCUGGAACGCGUCCAAGUGCGGCGCAAGAGUCAACAGAACUUCGUUGGCGACUUCAUCAAGAUGCAAACCAAGACCAAGAAGACGCCAGCGUUCGUAAGGAAGGCACCCAAGAAGCCGACGGCCGAGCCAGCGGACCCAGCUGAGCCCCAGCCCAAGAAAAACCCCAUUCCGCAGGAGCUAAUGGACAAGUACUCGCGCGGCGAGAAGGUGCAGCCGAAGGGCGUCAAGACGCGCCACUUCAAGGAGCAGCAGACACGCAAGGAGGUGUACCUUGAGUACGCCACCGAGCAGGCGGCGCGCACAGAGCUGCUGCUGCAGGAGGUACCCGGCCAGCUGGAGCCGGACGAGGGCGAGACCACGGCCGAGCUGCGGCAGGCGGAGAUCGCCGGGCUUGUGGACCUGCAAUCGGCGGCAAAGCACUUUAGUCUAAGCAUGGAGCAUGGCCCCUACCAGUUGCGCUACACCAAGAACGGCCGCCACUUGCUGCUGGGCGGGCGGCGCGGUCACGUGGCCGCCUUCGACUGGGUCACCAAGCGGCUGCACUGCGAAUUCAAUGCGAUGGAGAGCGUCGAGGAUGUGCAGUGGCUGCAUGUGCCCACCAUGUACGCCGUGGCGCAGAAGAGCUGGGUGUACAUCUACGACAAGAAGGGCACCGAGCUGCACUGCAUCAAGCGGCUGUCGCGGGUCAAUCGGCUGGAUUUUCUGCCCUACCACUUCCUCCUGGCCGCCGGCAACACCGCUGGCUACGCCUCGUGGCUGGAUGUCUCCAUUGGCGAGCUGGUCGGCAAUUUCAAUACCGGCUUAGGUGACAUCCGCCUGCUGCGCCACAAUCCCAGCAAUGGAGUUCUCUGCAUCGGCGGCGGACGCGGCGUCGUCUCCAUGUGGUCGCCCAAGGUGCGCGAGCCCCUGGCCAAGCUUUUGUGCCACUCUACAGCAAUGACAGCGCUGACGGUUGACCCCAAGGGCCAGCAUCUGGUCACCGCGGGCCUGGAUCGCGCCGUCAAGGUGUGGGACAUCCGGAUGCUGGUGCAGGACAAGCCGCUGACUCACUUCCAGCUGCGCCUGCCCGCCAAUGAGCUGGAUGUGUCGCAGCGCGGCAUGCUGGCCCUAUCCCAGGGCACCUACCUGGAGACCUAUGCCGAUCUAUUGUCGGGCGGCGGCACUGCUGAUUACCAGAAGCUGCCCUAUCUCCGCCAGCGCUGCGAUGCCUUCGUCCACGGCCUGCGCUUCUGCCCGUACGAGGAUGUGCUCGGCGUGGCCACCGCCAAGGGCUUCCAGUCGCUGCUGGUGCCCGGCUCUGGGGAGCCCAACUUCGAUGCCAUGGAGGACAAUCCCUACGAGACGUCGAAGCAGCGGCGCGAGCACGAGGUGCAUGCGCUGCUUGAAAAGAUACCGCCGGAGCUGAUCACAUUGGACCCGCACGAGAUCACGGGCGUGGAUGCGCCCACGUUGCAGGAGAAGAUCGAUGCCAAGCGCAGGCUUUUCCAUGUCAAGGCGCCGCGCAUCGAUAUGAAGUCACGGCACAAGAUGAAGGGACGCGGCGGCUCUGCCAAGGCGGCGCGCAACAAGCAAAUUGUGAAGGAUGCCAAGCGCAAGGAGUUCAUUGCCGAGGUGCGCCAGGCCAAGGCCAGCGUGUUCAAGGAGCACGGGGCAAAGGUGGCCAAGCCCAAGACCAAGGCAGCGCGCUCAGUGCUGGAUCGAUUCAAGCCGAAGCCCCCAAAGAAGCGCAAGGCCUGAAGCAGGCGGAAAGGAGGAACACAAUGUACACAUUAAACUAAUUAUAGAAACCAACUAGCUGUGGAAAAUGUGUGUUUUUCCCGGGUUUAAGCUUAGUUUAUAAUUUAAAAAUCCAACAAGUUCUUGCAACUUAUAAA